UGUUUCCUGAAUUUAAUCUUAUUUUGCGGUCUGAUUCUUCAGAUUUAAUACAUUAUCAAAAUGGACGAAACUCAAUUUACUGACAACGCCUUGAAGAUCAUCACCUCGGCACAACAGUUAGCUAAGGACAAUGCGCAUGCACAGUUACUCCCAUUACAUAUGCUUGCUGCCAUGGUUCCCAGCGAUGAUCCCGAGUCUACUGUGUACUUAAAGACGUUGAUCCAAAAGGGCAGAUUUGAAUGGCCCACUUUCGAAAGGACCGUUAACAAACAUUUGGUCAGAUUGCCUUCUCAAACCCCGGCUCCAGAUGAAGUCAGGCCUUCCUAUGCUGCUGGCCAAGUUUUGACCAGAGCCAAUAACAUCAAGGCUCAACAGAAAGACAGCUACGUUGCUCAGGAUCAUAUUUUGCUAGCUUUGCUCGAAGAUCAGUCUAUCAAGGAUAUCUUCAAAGAAGCUGGAAUCAAAGUAGAUGCUGUCAAAGCUGCUGCUAUAGAGUUGAGAGGAAACCAGAGAAUCGACUCAAGACAGGCUGACUCGUCUUCUACCUACGAAUUCCUCAACAAGUACUGUGAGGAUUUGACUGAAAAAGCCAGAGAAGGAAGAAUCGAUCCGGUUAUCGGCAGAGAAGAAGAAAUCAGACGAGUCAUCCGUGUUUUAGCCAGAAGAACCAAGUCGAACUCGGUCUUGGUUGGUGAAGCCGGUGUAGGUAAGACUUCCAUUGUGGAAGGGGUAGCACAAAGAAUCAUCGAUGGAGAUGUUCCUGGAGUGUUACAAAACUCAAGAUUGUUUGCCUUGGACUUGGGAGCAUUGACUGCUGGUGCCAAGUACAAAGGUGAAUUCGAAGAAAGAAUCAAGGGUGUUUUAAACGAAAUCGAAAAGUCGAAGGAGUUCAUCAUCUUGUUCAUUGACGAAAUCCACAUGUUGAUGGGCGAUGGAAAAUCUGACGCUGCUAACUUGUUGAAGCCAAUGUUGGCCAGAGGUACUUUGCAUUGUAUUGGAGCUACGACAUUCGUAGAGUAUCGUAAGUUUGUCUCUAAGGAUGGUGCAUUUGAAAGAAGAUUCCAAAAGAUAGAUGUUCCUGCUGCCACAGUCAAUGAGACGGUAGCCAUAUUAAGAGGACUUCAGCCCAAAUAUGAAAUCCACCAUGGGGUCCGUAUCUUGGAUAGUGCCUUGGUAGCUGCUUCUCAACUAGCAUCCAGAUACUUAACAUACAGAAACUUACCAGAUUCUGCCGUUGAUCUUAUUGACGAAGCUGCUGCUACCGUUGCUGUAGCUAGAGACUCUAAGCCCGAAGAAUUGGACAACUUAGAAAGACAGUUACAUCUUGUAGAAGUUGAAAUCAAUGCUUUGGAAAGAGAUGUCGAUGCCGAUGCCGAUUCUAAGGAUCGCUUAGAAUUGGCCAAGAAGAAGCAGGCGGAAUUGGAAGAAACUUUGGCUCCUUUAAGAGAAAGAUUCUCCGCCGAACGUGCUGGUCAUGAACAAUUAAUUUCUGCAAAGCGUAAGUUGGACGAAUUGGAAAUCAAGGCCCAGGACGCUGAAAGAAGACACGACACCAGCACUGCAGCAGAUUUAAGGUACUUUGCCAUUCCUGAUGUACAGAAGCAAAUCGAAGAAUUGGAAGUUAAAGUUGCUGAAGAGGAGGCUUCUAUUGGUCCAGAUGCCUUGUUGAAACAUGUUGUGGGUGCCGAACAAGUAGCUGAAACGGCAGCCAGAUUAACUGGUAUCCCAGUCACCAAAUUGACCCAAGCAGAAAAUUCCAAGUUGAUUAAUAUGGAAAAGGAGUUAUCUAGUGGUGUAGUUGGACAAUCAGACGCUGUUAAGGCUGUGUCCAAUGCCAUCAGAUUGACCAGAUCUGGUUUGGCCAACCCUAACCAGCCAUCUUCAUUCCUUUUCUUGGGUUUGUCCGGUUCGGGUAAAACAGAAUUAGCCAAGAAGGUUGCUGGUUUCUUGUUUGCUGAUGAAAGAGCAAUGGUAAGAAUAGAUUGCUCUGAACUUGGUGACAAGUGGUCAGCAUCCAAAUUGCUUGGUGCUGCUCCCGGUUAUGUUGGCUACGAAGAAGGUGGUAUCUUGACUGAAGCAUUAUUAAGACGUCCAUACUCUGUCGUUUUAUUCGAUGAGGUCGAAAAGGCAGCUCCAGAAGUGUUGACCGUGUUGCUUCAGAUCUUGGACGAUGGUAGAGUCACCUCCUCACAAGGUAAGGUAGUCAACUGUUCUAACUGUAUCAUCAUCAUGACUUCCAACUUGGGUGCUGAGUACAUCAAUGCCUCCAAGGGCUCCAAAAUCACUGCCGAAACGAAGGAUUUGGUUAUGGGCUCAGUCAGAGCACACUUCAGACCAGAAUUCUUAAAUCGUAUAUCUUCCACAGUCAUUUUCAACAGAUUGUCCAAGAAGGCUAUAGCCAAGAUUGUGCAAAUCAGAUUGAAAGAAAUCCAAGACAGGUUUGCUGCUAAUGGAAAGACUUUGACAUUAGAUGUAGACGAUUCGGCCUUGGAAUACUUGUGCAAAAAGGGAUAUUCUCGCGACUUGGGUGCCAGACCUUUGAACCGUCUUAUCCAAACCAAGAUUUUGAACCGUCUUGCCGUAUUGUUGUUGAAGGGACAAGUCAAGGACAAAGAAACAGCUCAUGUUACCAUGGGUGAAAAGGGAAUUGAAGUGUUACCAAACCACGAGCCUGAUGACGUUGAAAUGGGAGACUACGAUGUUGAAGACUGGGAGGACUCUGAUGACGGCGAUGAAGACUCUGAAGAGUUUGGCGCUGGACUCGACUAGCUCCUAACUUAAAUUACGAUAUUUUGUUAAUUGUUUGAUUUUUGUUCCAAGGUUAUAAAUUAGGGUAAUAAUAAUACAUAAUAUAAAUUUAU